GGGGCACACAGCUCUGACACUGCAGGCACCGAGCACAGAGGUCGCUGUGACCUCUUCAGAGGUUUCUGUCAGAGGCCCGCGGGACGGAGUACAGAAGAGCUGGUCAAAAUCACCCUCAGGGUUUUGUCUUGGCUAAGUUGAGCAGGUCUGGCUGGGAAAACAGAAGCAAAAUGGUAAAUGGUAAAAUGCCGUGGCUGGGUUGUAACUGACUUCCGUGGUUGUGCACCUGAGUGAGGCAACCAUCUUGGGGUCCUUGGGCAACCAGAGCUCACCAGAUCAAGCCACUCCCAACUCCCGGCGACCGCAGCAGUCAGUCAUCUGACUAAGCUGGUUUCGGUCAGGUGACAGCGGCGGAGCACUUUAGAAGACGGAAGGCCAGCGCUAAGUCAGAAUCCAGAACUGGCAGAGAAGGUGGCAGAGAAGGCGGCUUUCCUGGUGACCUGCGGGUCCCAAAGGUCCCCAAACUGGCGCGCAUGCGUGUCGCGCCCCUGCUGCUACUGCUGCUGCUGUUGCUCCUGCCACCGUCCUGGGCCGCGAGCACCCUUCGCUACGACCCGACGUGGGAAUCUCUGGACAGCCGCCCAUUGCCCGCCUGGUUCGAUCAGGCCAAGUUCGGCAUCUUCAUCCACUGGGGAGUGUUCUCCGUCCCCAGCUUCGGCAGUGAAUGGUUCUGGUGGUAUUGGCAAAAGGAAAAGAGACCCAAGUUUGUGGACUUUAUGAAUGAUAAUUAUCCCCCUGGUUUUAACUAUGAAGAUUUUGGAGUGCUGUUUACAGCCAAGUAUUUUAAUGCCAGCCAGUGGGUAGAUAUUAUCCAGGCUUCCGGUGCCAAAUAUGUAGUCUUAACUUCCAAACAUCAUGAAGGCUUUACUCUGUGGGGCUCAGACCAUUCUUGGAAUUGGAAUGCAGUCGAUGAGGGACCGAAGAGGGACAUUGUUAAGGAGCUUGAGGUGGCCGUCAGGAACGAGAGUGAUUUGCACUUUGGACUGUACUAUUCACUUUUUGAAUGGUUCCAUCCACUUUUCCUGGAGGAUGAAUCCAGUUCAUUCCAAAAGCGGCAAUUUCCCAUCUCUAAGAUGUUGCCUGAACUCUAUGGGUUAGUGAACAAGUACCGGCCUGACAUCUUGUGGUCCGAUGGAGAUGGGGGCGCACCAGAUCACUACUGGAACAGUACUGGCUUCCUAGCCUGGCUGUAUAACGAGAGCCCAGUUCGCAACACAGUAGUCACCAAUGAUCGUUGGGGAGCUGGUUCCAUCUGCAAACAUGGUGGCUACUAUACCUGCAGUGACCGCUAUAAUCCCGGACAUCUUUUGCCUCAUAAAUGGGAAAACUGCAUGACAAUAGAUAAGUUCUCCUGGGGCUACCGGCGAGAAGCUGGAAUUGGGGAUUAUCUCACAAUUGAAGAAUUGGUGAAGCAACUUGUGGAAACAGUGGCAUGUGGAGGAAAUCUUCUGAUGAAUAUUGGUCCCACACUAGAUGGCAUCAUUCCUGUAAUUUUUGAGGAGCGAUUAAGGCAAAUGGGAACCUGGCUGAAAGUCAAUGGGGAAGCUAUUUAUGAAACACACACUUGGAGAUCUCAGAAUGAUACUGUCACUCCAGAUGUGUGAGACAGGAGCUGUGAUGGUACGAUUUGCAUGCUGGUGGAUAAACCGCAGAAAUGAUGCUCAACAUCACAUGAAGGAACUGGAGGUAAAAUGCAAAUAAAUAUACAACCAGAAAUCAUCUCACACCUUUUAGAAUAGCUACUAUUUUAAAAAGUGCAGCUGAUGAUCUUAAAGAGAUUGGAACUCCUAUCCACUGCAGUUUUGUGAGAAUGUGAAGCUCAAAGCUGCUGCAAUGGGCAGUAUGUCAGUCCCUCAAAACAGGAAAACAGAAUUACUCCACUGCUCAGCAAUUCUACUUCCAAGUAUAUAUGCAAAAGAAUGAUACCAGAAGAACUAUAUUCCCAUGUGAAAGCAGUGGAGUCCACUUAUGAAUGGCUAAGCUAAAGCAGGGCACACACACUAAGGUAUAUGUAUAUUAUUCAGCUUUGAAAAGGAAGGAAAUGCUAGAAUACAGAUGGAUUUUCAGGAAUUUGUAUGAGUGAAAUGACAGUCACAAAGAGACAAAUAUUAUUUCUGUGGUAUCUAGAGUGGUCACAACCAGAGGCAGGAGCGAGGGGGAGGAGAAAAUGGGGGCUUGUUUAUGGGGUGUUGUGCCUUGUCGGUACAGUUAGUUCAUCAUGUGUAUCCUUACUCCUCUCUCCUUCCCUCUCUUAUCCUCACUAGCAGAAGCCUACCAUUGGUAAAAUCCAGCUGCACCUUCCCAAGGCUGCCUUUGCACUGCACACUGUGACUAUACCUGCAGUCACAUAUGUACAAUGUCAAAUUAGCUCACAUUUGGCUUUAAGCCCAGCCCUUGUUCUCUUCCUCACAUCCAAAUCUUCCAGGCAAAAAUACAGCACACUUUUCUGUUUCCACAAUUUGUCUCCAGACCCUCUUUUUCUUAGUUCCUUUCCUACCCAUAUAUAGUUAUUUAUCUUUAAAAGUUUUCUCUUUCUCCAGCUACCUUUCCAGUCUCUUCUUUCAUUCAUAAUAAGAUAUCUUGCAGAACAGUUUUUAACUGUUACUUCUAGCUGGAGCUCCAUUCUUUAUCUCUUGAUCUCACUUAGUUCAGGUUUCCAUCUCACCACUCACCAAAUCUCUUUUAUCAAGACUCACAGUGGCCUCUUCCUUAAAGGCCCGGUAGUCAGUGCCAGGUUUUUUGUUUCCUGAACCCACUGGAGGUAUUGGCCUCAAAUGAUCAGACUCUUGGUUCUUCCUCAUUAGUCUCUUGUACCUGAUCUUCCCAAACUCUAAUCUUGAAGUGUCUUUGGACUUCCAUGUUUCGAUCUUAAUUCUCUAGCUGGCAUUUGGUGAUUUUUAACCUUCUUCUAUAGCCACAGCUGUCUUAGGGUUUCUAUUGCUGUGUAGAGACACUGUGACUAUGGCAGCUCUUAUAAAGGAAAACAUUUAAUUGAGGCUGGCUUACAGUUCAGAGGUUGUUUAGUCCAUUAUUAUUAUGGAGAAAACCAUGGUGACAUGCAGGCAAGGCAUGAUGCUGGGUAAGUAGCUGAACGUUCAACAUCCAGAUGAGCAGGCAGCAGAAAGAGAGAGACUCUGGGCCUGGCUUUAGCAUUUGAAACCUCAAAGCCUACACCCAGUAACAGCCUUUUCCCAGUACUUCCUAAUAGUACCACCAUGUUCCACUCCUGGCACCCAUAGACUUGUAGCCAUGUAAGAAUGCAAAAUUCAGUCUAACUUUAAAAGCCUCUAACCAUAGUCUAGCAUAGUCUCAACUGAGUUUAAAAGUCUAAUGCCUCUUCUGAGACUCAGGCAAUUUAGCUGUAAUUCCUUAAAAGUUCAAAAUAAAAAAGCAGGUCACAUACUUAAACAUGUAAUAGCACAGAAUAUAUAUCACCAUUCCAAAGGGAAGAAAAGGAGGCAUAAUGAGGAAAUACUGGACCAUAGCAAGACCAAAACCCAGCAGGGAAAACUCCAAACUCUGCAUCUGUAUGCCUGAUGUCAAAGCACUCUUCAGAUCUCCAACUCCUCUCAGUUUUGGUGACUGAAGCCCACUUCUUUCUCUUGGCUGUUUCCUGUGUCUGUCAGCAGCUCCCCUCAGCAGGCAUCCUACAGCUCUGACAUCUCCAGCAUCUUGGGGUCUUCAAGGUCUUCACCUUUGCAGCUUCACACCCUGGGCCUCCACAGGGACACCCCUGCCACAUGCUGGCCUCAGCAGCUUUACUUAGCCCAGAACGGAGAUUCCACAACCCCUUUCUUGUAUCCUUGACCCCAAAGCCAGAAUCACCUGGCCAAAGCUGCCAAGUUUUACUUGCUGGGCUGGAACGUGGGCCUUGUUCAAAUGCAUUUCCACCAGCUUUCCAUUUUUGAUUGUUUCCUUCACUGCCAAAGCUUGGCUGUCCUCUGUCACUCGUAGACCAUGCUGGCCUUGAACUCUAAGAUCUGCCUGCUUCUGCCUCCCCAGAACUGGGAUUAAAGGUGUGUGCUACCAUGCACCACCCUAAACUUUAAUUCUUUUUUUACCUUAGCUGGGUGGGGUCUUGUCCUGAGGUCACCAUUCUCUUUAUUCCAUCUAGCAUCAGGCUUUUCUUCAAUCUUUUUAUCUCUUUGUACACUAGACUUGACUCCAUUAAAUUUUCUGGUGCUCCUUUCUCCUCAAACUGUACAUUUUAUACUUUUCCGUGCUCAGCUUGCUCCUUUUCAUUAUAUAUCUGCAUAAAUGUCGCCACUAAUAACCACAUGACACAAUCAGUGUGAGGCUAUUUUGAAAUAUUUUUUUGCCAAAGUCGUUAAAUAACUCUUCAGUUUAGCUUCAGGCAGAUUUUUUUAGACAAGGACAAAAAGCAGCUACAUUCUUUACAAAAAUAUCACAAGAACGGUCUCUAGUUCAUAUCCUAAAAUUCUUCUCUUGAAACUUCUUGAGCCAGUCCCCUACAGUUGAAGUCAUCCUCAGGACAACUGUCCUCCAUGCUCCUCCUACUAGCCUGGUCCAGUAAGCCCCACUUAAAAGUAUUCAAAUGCUUUUCUAAUCCAAAAUCCCAAAGUCCACAUUCCUUCAUACAAAACCUAUCACAGCAAUACCGAAGUUCCUGCUACCAACUUCUUAGUUCCUCCAACAAGGCUACACCUACUUCACCAAGGCCACACCUAUUCCAACAAGGCUACACCUCCUAAUAGUGCUCUAUGAGGCUACAUGGGCCAUUGUCAUUCACACCAUUCAAACAACUGCCAAUUCAUCAUCAGAUCCAUUGUGUUUAUUUCUGAAAUGUAUUUAUAUUUCUUGUGCUCGCUGUGAUGGCUCUCCUUUGUCUCACCCCUGUAUCUUAGCGCCUUCUUGACUAACACUAUUUCUGCCCAUCCCUUUGUUUUCUCCUAUUACCCAUUUGGGGGUGGGGUUGGGAUAUGUGCACAGGGCAACCUUAAGGUCAGGCUUCAGACACCUUCUACCUUUUGCUUGAGCUGCCAAGUUUUACUUGCUGCAGCUGGAAUGUGGGCCCUUGUUCAAAUACAUUUCCACCAGCUUUCCAUUUUUGAUUGUUCCCUUCACUGCUCAACACUAAAAUUUACCGCAUAGGACAGCAAGCUGGCCAAUGAGCUCCCAGGGCUUCAUGUUGCAUUGCCGAGAUUUGAGGUAUACCAUUGGUGUUCAGAUUUUGAUGUGAAUUUGCUGCACUGAAACUGAGGUCCUCAUACAUGCGAGGUGAAUCCUUUACCAACUGAGCCAGCUUCCAGCCCUUUACCCCUGUCCUUUUAAUAUAGCUCUGGAGAGCAAUCAGAGAAAACUAUUGAUUUAUUUAUGUUGUCAGCAUUUCAUGAUGUAACCCAGGCUGUCGUCAUGCCUGGUGUAGUGUACUCCUGUACACAAAUUUUUCCAAGGCGCCCAGUCUUAAGGGAGAAGUGGGGCCUUACAGUGGUCUCCUUGGCCCUAUCAAGUCUUGCUCAGUCUGAUCUCUCUGGCUCUCCAUCUCCCUGCCCCCUCCCUCCUGCUGCUGUAUCUGCAGGCCUAUCACACUAGUAUUCCUUGGCUUUUGUGCUUGUUUCUCAGCCUGGAAGGCUUUCCCACAUGUUUGCAUAGAGCUUCCUGGUUUUUGGGUUUCUUGGUUGCCUUCCCAGAGAAGUAAUCCCUGACUUUUCAUCUCAGUGUUGCACCCGAGGCCUAGCCUUUCAAACUGUAGUGUGCCUUGUUCUUCUGCAUUUGUUUUUUGAGCUCUCUGUGUAGCCCUGGCUAGCCUGAAACUUGGAGAGCCCUGCCUGGGUGCUGGGAUUAGAGCGAUGCACUCCAUGCCCAUGCCCUCAUAUUCAGUCAGUGCUUCAUGUACAUUCAUUUGCUCAUUCCUCUUUGUCCCUCUGGGAUGUGGGCACAUGACGUCAGGGACUGUGUAAUACAGUGUCUCCAGCCUCACAACACUGAGGACUGUUUACAGAUUUCUGUAGGUAUUGUUGAGAAGUUGGGUGAAUAAUUGAAUGGUUAUCCUCUUAUUGCUUCCACUGUUCUCAUUUUGCUGUCACUCUCAGAUUAAAUGUGGUUGUCUUGGUAAAGAAUCUGUCUGAUGUCCCAAUGUUAAAAAAAAAAAGUCUCUUUACAAUUUAUGUGUUUUCUUUUUUGUUUUUCAUAUUGUGAUUCAAAACUUAUGCUUUGUUAUUUGUGUGGUUGUCCGCUUUUUCCAUUCUAGCCUAAGCCACUUAUAUAAAAAAGAAUUGUGCUUGGCUUUCUGUUUCAUUCACCAACAGUGAGCAUACUAUAUAUUCUGUGAUUUUGAGUCUGCAAGUGGAAAGCCAUGCAGCUCCACUUAGCUUAUUCUACACUCUGUUUUCAUCUCCAUGAGAGCACUUUGAAUAGGUACAUCAGAACUUCCUUUUAGCAGGAUAUGGCAGCAUGCCUGUAUUGUCAGUACUGAGGAGACUGAGAUCUGUCAUGAGUUCAAGGCCCAUCUGAGCUACAGAUGAAGACCCUGUAACAAAAAAAGAGCAAAAGGCAGCUUCUUUUUAAUAUUAGGGGGCUAGAAAGGAAGGCAGUUUUUAUACCAUAGUGGAAAAGCGGCCCUUUCUAUUUUGGUGGUGGCGACAUUCUCACUGUCACAUAUCUGUAAGAUAAUUAUAGACAUGAUCCAUAAAUAAGGAGAAACAUGGCGUGUAACUCGGUACUAUGCCGUUUUUUUUUUUUGUUGUUGUUGUUGUUUUUUUUUUCU